AUGCAUCAGCCUGCCCAAGAACAGCCUCUGCCUCUCCCUCUGGAGAAGGAAAUGCUUGAAAACAUCGAGGAUGCCGAAGUCGACAUCCAUAUGCCCGAGAUCCUGCGGGCUAUGACGGCCGAACAACGCGCCAAGCUGGAAAAGAAACUGGUGCGCAAGAUUGACCUGCGCAGUCUGCCCAUCCUGGUCAUUCUGUUCCUGUUGAACAUCCUCGACCGAAAUGCCAUUGCCAACGCCCGUCUCGGCGGGUUGGAAGACUCUCUCAACAUCGACGACGUCCAGUACCAGACCGCUGUCAUGGUCCUGUGGGCCGGUUACAUUGCCAUGAUGGUGCCGUCCAACAUGCUGCUCAGUAUCUUCAAGCCUAGAGUAUACCUACCUUCGGUCGUCAUCAUCUGGGGCAUUGUGUCUGGCGCCACGGGCUUUGUUCAGAACUAUCCAGGCCUGGUAGUGCUGCGGUUCCUCGUGGGUGUCACCGAAUCGCCAUACUUUGUCGGAUGUAUCUUUUUCCUGUCUUGCUGGUACACCAAGAAAGAGCUGCCCGGUCGAAUCUCCGUCUUCUAUUCGGGAUAUACCCUGUCAUCGGCAUUUGGCGGUCUCCUGGCUGCAGGCAUUGUGGAUGGCAUGGAUGGCCUGGGCGGGUACCGAUCGUGGCGAUGGGUGUUUAUCAUUGAAGGAUCCAUCACCGUUGUUGUGGCCGUGCUUGGAUACGUCUUGCUGCCCGACUACCCAGCAACCACCUCCUGGUUGUCCCCUGAAGAACGAGCCAUGGCCCAGUAUCGCCUGAGCCGCGAAACCGACGGCGACAAAGACGAGGUCACUGAGUCCGUCUUUGUCGGCUUGAAACAAGCCCUCACCGACCCCAAGGUGUACCUGCUGGUCUUCAUUCAGACCGCCGCAGUUGUCAGCAUGAGCUUCACCUACUUCUUCCCCUCCAUUGUCAAGACCCUCGGCUACGACAAGGUCGAGACUCUGCUCUUGACUGCUCCCCCUUACUUUGCCGCCUUCUUGUUCUCUCUGGCCAACUCCUGGCACUCGGGCCAUACCAAUGAUCGGUCCUACCACAUCGCCUUCGCCUGUGUCCUCUCCGCCUGUGGCCAGAUCAUCUCCAUGUCCACCCAUGUUCUCGGCGCUCGUUACUUCGCCAUGUUCCUCCAGGCCAUGGGUGCCUUUUCCGCCUUCCAGAUCAUCUUGUCCUGGGUCUCCUCGACCAUUCCCCGGCCCAAGGCCAAGCGUGCCGUCGCCUUGGCUCUUGCCACCGCCGUGUCCAACGCCACCAACAUCAGCACAUCUUACCUCUACCCGUCCUGGGAUGCUCCGCUCUACCGUAUGGGGUGCAUAGUGCUUACAGUAUCCCUGCUCUGCUGCGCCGCAGCUUCCUUGGCCUUGCGCUUCUGGCUCAAGAAACUCAACGACAAGGCCGACCGUUCCACGGGCAUCGAAGGGGUCGGCAAUGGCGCCGGCUUGUUUUUCAGAUAUGUUUUGUGA